AUGACAGUCCCUUAUGGAAAGAAACUGAGGACCCGAAAGAGCGUAUUCGGCCUUUGGAUUCCUACAAAAACCACCUUCAGCAAUAAGUGUGAUCAUUCUCCAUCUGAUUCACCAAUAUCCGACACAAGCCCUACUUCAGAACCUAUCAUCAAUUCCGAGCCUGGAAAAGAACGACUAAAAAUUCGAUUGACUCGAAGUGGCUCAAAGUUAUUACUUUUACUUGGAUUGGGAAGUUCCUCGAACAGUAACAAGACGAGCGUAGAAUUUGGAUCAUGCGAAGACAAUCACAAUGCAGAGCAGCGCCAAGCUCCUUCCACCCCCACUACGGACCAAAACAGCCCUAUUUAUAUGGAUGGGGGACAGUCCCCAGAAAGUGAAUCGCCAACUACAGACUUGAACAACCUAGCACAUGAGAGUCUCAAUGCGCCACUCCCAGCAAGAAAUUCCUCACCAGAUGAUGAAGGCAGGGCUGAGGGAGAAGCCGGCGUUCAAAGAAAUGUAGAGGUUGAUAAUGACGCCGGUAUCACCUCUAGCGACCAUCAAACAUUCCAAAGCCCAGAGAUAGUCCGUCGCCUAUCUCAACGACUGUCUAUGACAUUUGGAAACCCCACUGUGAUUCACAGGACGCACCUUCGGUCAAGACCUCGCAUUCCCUUUCCAGGAUCUCCAGUGACACCGCUACAGAGUAAGCAGGGAGACGGCGCAAACGACAGCUCAGAUCCCUCGACAACGCCCAGCAGCAAUGAAUCCCCAUUUACUCACUCAUCUCCUUCAACCCCUGCCACAUCCGCAGAGCCGUCUCCUUCUAUUGAGAAAUGUAAUUCUCUGGUGGGAGACUGGUCAGUGAUAUUAGAUCGUACCUCCGACGUUGUUGUGUCCCAAGGAACCACACGAACCAAGAUACCCAUGAUUACGCCAUCAAUUGUGACCGUUGAAUCAGCCUCCGUCGCAAAGGUAUUCCUAGAGCUGUAUUUCAACUCCAUUUUCCAAAACUCCGAUCCACGGACACAGCGCCAGCAUGAGCUCGAGCAGCAUAUGUACUCAUUUCGGCUUGCACCUGAGGAACAGCUUAAUGCAAGGUGCAAUUGGCUGCUACAGGAAAAUGAAUACCUACGUCAAUGCCGAGUACUUAAGACGAGUAUGCGUUGUAUUCGAAAUGAAAGUACGGUUUCUAUGGCUGGAUAUGAAGUCAUCAAAGUUCUUGGAAAAGGAAGUUUUGGCAUCGUUCGGCUGGUACGGGAAAGAGCUUUUGGUAGCAGGCUGCCUCAAGAGGAAGAUUCUCCCUCUCAGGAAGGUGGCAAUGCUGGUGUCCGAGGCAGCCCCUUUGAGAUGCUGAGAUCAGCCGUUGAUGGAACAAAACACAGCCGCCGAAAAUUCAUGACCGGAGAGAAUAAGGAGGUCUAUGCAAUGAAGGUCAUUAGAAAGUCGGAUAUGAUUCGCAAUGCCCAAGAAGGUCAUAUCCGCGCUGAAAGAGACUUUCUAGUUGUGUCCGAGAAAUCACGCUGGGUAGUUCCAUUGGUCACUAGUUUUCAAGAUGCAAAUUGCUUGUAUCUCGCCAUGGACUACAUGGUCGGCGGAGACUUUCUUGGGUUGUUGAUUCGAAAAGAUACUUUACGCGAGGACUGGACGAGGUUCUACAUCGCCGAAAUGAUCAUGUGCAUCGAGGAGGCUCAUCGACUAUGCUGGAUUCAUCGUGAUGUCAAGCCCGACAACUUCCUCAUAUCUGCAUCCGGUCACUUGAAGAUUUCCGACUUUGGUUUGGCCUUCAAUGGUCACUGGUCGCAUGACCAGUCAUACUAUAACAGCCACCGGUACUCUCUGCUUGGGAAGCUCGGUAUCACAGUCACGGGUGAUGCUGAGGACCAGAAGAAUUCAGCGGAUGCACUGAAAGAGUCUAAAGUUGCUCCCGACUCGCAGGGCUUGCUUGAUUACUCGAAAUACCAUGUUCAAUCCGCUGAUCUUCUAGACUGGCGCAACAAGAAAGAGAGGCGACGUUUCGCCAAAAGUGUGGUUGGAACUAGCCAGUAUAUGGCCCCCGAAGUCAUUCGAGGUGAGAUGUAUGAUGGACGGUGCGAUUGGUGGAGCUUGGGGUGUCUAUAUGGGUUCACUCCCUUUGCCUGUGAAAACCGUCAUGAUACGAAGAUCAAGAUUCUGCAACAUGGACGAAGUCUGCAAUUCCCCAGAGAAAAGCCAUCAGACAAACUAGUUUCACAGGAUGCCAUCAAUCUCAUAGGCCAAAUCCUCCAAGAAAGGCAAUACCGACUCUGUUCUCAGAAAUAUCAAGCUAACGACAUGCUCGCUGGUCGGCCCGUCACAGCACAAUUCCUCUAUUCUAUGGAUCCGCGAUAUCAGAAGAUUAGUAACAGUUACUUUGUGUAUCCCAAUGACGCCGCCGAUAUAAAAGCUCACCCAUUUUUCAGAGGUACCCGAUGGAAUGAGCUUCAUCUGACGCAGCCGCCGCUGAUCCCCAGAGUGAAAAAUUGGGAAGAUACUAGGUACUUUGAUGAUUGGAAAUCUGUUGGUAAUAUUGAGGAGGCAUUGCAUACAAGCGACUUGGAAGGGUCCGAGGAUGCUGAUGAUGAUGUACUACUCAACCCUGCUGCAGAUGGAAAUAUAGACCCUCGGAACAAUUCUAUUCACCCGGACCAACAACCACAAGCUACAGGUCCCGUAGCGACCACUAAAACAGAUCCCCAGAAGCUUCAAGAAGCGGAGAAGAGGAAAGAAAAAAAGCGACCCCGGGAUAAGAUACUCCGGGACAAGAAACUUGGUAGAACUGCCUUGGAGAUUCGCAAGAGAGAUGCUUUUUUGGGCUAUACAUACCGUCGACCGAAAGGGCCAGCCAUGGCCCUGGGUACCGACAGGGGACGUCAGCCAUUCACAAGAGGUCAUUUAUCGGAGCUGUAUGCCCCAUAA